GUGGCAGGAAGCUUAUUGUAUGUCUGGGAUAUUCAAGUAGGUAGCAAUGGAGUUUAUGCAAGUUAAUCUUGUAACAGCGCUGCUUGUUGCAUUUGGGUUCUCAGAGGCACAAAGGCCGAAGUUGUUGGAAACACCAGAUUUAUCAAGGUUACAACCUCUACAGGCACUGCAACCUUUGUGGUCAGGAGGUGCAAGAGGGCUUUCUCCAGGCUCACAAGGAGCUGUACCUUGGAGACCUGCGCCUGCGCAACCACAGCUUGGACCACAGCCUCCUGGCCAAACAGCGCAACAGUGGGAUCCUUCAACUGUUCAGUUUCGCCAAGCUUUACAAGGUCCGGUAAAGAAGGUAACUUGGCGUUUUCCACAAGUACUCUUGCCAACAAGGCAGCCACCAGUUCCUUUCGAGAUGCGGCAACCUGCCCCUGUCAACUCGGUAGCAGCAGCAUGUGGUGAACAUUCUAUAUAUGUGGAAGUGAGGAGAGACCUGUUUGGAACUGGAGAACUAAUUUCUCCAUUGGACAUCACACUGGGAGGUUGUGCUGUUAGUGGGGAGGAUGCUGCAGCUCAAGUUCUUAUGUUUGAAUCUGAGCUACAGGCCUGCCACAGUGCCUUGAGGAUGACUGAAGAUGAACUGGUCUACUCUUUUUCCCUGCUUUAUGCACCAAACACCAUCGCUCCUGAUUCUCCUAUUGUCCGAAGUAAUAGGGCUGUUAUUCGCCUUGAGUGUCACUACCCAAGGAUCCACAAUGUGAGCAGCAAUGCCUUGCUGCCAGCUUGGAUACCAUAUGCUUCUACUCAAGUUGCAGAGGAGCGUCUCUUGUUCUCUCUGAGACUCAUGAUUGAUGACUGGGCCUCUGAGAGGCCAUCCAACCAGUACUUCCUGGGUGAGUUCAUAAAUAUAGAGGCGUCUGUAAUGCAGUUCAACCAUGUGCUCCUACGUGUGCACGUGGACAGCUGUGUGGCCACUGCAGUCCCCGAUGUCAAUGCGGUCCCCAGAUAUUCUUUCAUCGACAACUAUGGGUGCCUGCUUGAUGCUAAGGUUACAGGCUCAAAGUCUCACUUCAUGCCACAAAGUCAAGCAGACAAGCUACAGUUUCAGCUUGAGGCUUUUAGGUUCCAGGAAGAAACCAGUGGCUUGAUCUACCUCACAUGCUUUAUGAAGGCAAAUGCUGCAGCUUCCUCCCCUGCUGAUGCUGAGCACAAAGCUUGCUCCUUCCCUGGCAAUAGGUGGGUAGCAGCAUACGGUGACAACCAGGUCUGUAGCUGUUGCGACACGAGGUGCUCAGUCAGGAAGGGACGGGAUUUGUCAAACGAAGGACUACACCUAGAAAGAGAAGUAACCCUUGGUCCAAUAAUGGUUAAGGACAGUGACUGGGACAGUGCAUCUGAGGACUCAAAAUAAACUGACUUGAUCGAA